AAUCUUGACGGAUCUCACAGCUCCAGCGGCAGCAGAAACACCCGUCAGCAGCGCGCAUUGGAGACAAAAAAGAAAGCGCAUCACGGACACAAAGGGAAAUAUGGGUGCGCUGGAGAAGAUUCACCUCCGCCGUGUAACACAAUGGAUGAGCCGCUUGUGUUCCAUCUACUGGGAGACCAAUUAGCCCACCUUAAUGAGGUGCUGGGACGCGAGAUACUGCAAGCUAAAAAGGCGGAAGGCUGCGUUUUAAUCCGUCUGCGGAUCCUGUGAGCUUGCGAUGGCUGUGGCGGGGAUAUGCAAGUGGAUAGGGAAUAAUGUGCCUUUUUAUUUUGUGAUAUUUUCCUUGUUUUGUGGCCUUUCGUUUGGACAAUUGCGAUAUUCGAUUACGGAGGAACUGGAAAACGGCGCACUGGUGGGUGAUCUGGCGCAUGACUUGGGGCUCGAUAUUCGAAGGCUCGCCAGCCGAAAGAUUAAGGUAGUCUCCAACAGCGGUAAGCGCUACGUGAUUGUCAACCCCAAAAAUGGCAAAUUGCUCGUCAAUGAGAGGAUCGACAGGGAGGCGCUGUGCGAUAUGUCCAACACCUGCCUCAUCAAUCUGGAGGUGAUGGUUGAGAACCCCAAUGAGGUGCACCAUGUCGAGGUGGAGAUUGUCGAUGCCAAUGAUAACGCGCCGCAGUUCCCCAGAGAAGAGUACCAACUAGAGAUCACAGAAUCUGCUUUACCCGGGUCUCGUUACCCCAUCGAAAACGCUCAAGACCCAGACGUUGGGUCCAAUUCGGUUCGCAUGUAUCAGCUCAGCACAAACGACCAUUUCGCGCUGGUGUCCAACAAACCCUCCCUGAACACAAAGCACAUCGAGCUGGUGCUCAAAAAGCCAGUUGAUCGCGAACAGACGCCUUACCACCAAUUGAUUCUGAGCGCCGUGGAUGGUGGGUCGCCAGAGAAAACUGGCACGGCUAAAAUCAACGUCCGGGUCUUGGACUCAAAUGACAAUGUCCCCGUGUUUGACAGACCGGUGUACAAGGUGAAACUGUUGGAAAAUUCGCCCAAAGACACCCUGGUAAUCAAACUGAACGCGACUGAUCUGGACGAGGGCACGAAUGGAGAGGUGUAUUACUCUUUCAGCAGCUACACCCCCGAGAGAGUGAGGCAGAUGUUCAGCAUGGACACCAACACGGGAGAGAUAAGAGUGAGGAGCAAUGUCGACUAUGAGGAGACCAACUCCUACGAGAUGUACAUCCAGGCGAUGGACAAGGGCCCCGGGGCCGUGGCGGCACACUGCAAGGUGGUGGUGGAGGUGGUGGACGUGAACGACAACGUCCCUCAGAUAGUGCUGUCAUCUCUGUCGAGCCCUGUGAGGGAGGACGCCCGUGCAGACACAGUGGUGGCCCUCAUUAGUGUCACUGAUCGAGACUCUGGCGCGAACAAGCAGGUGAGCUUGGAGAUCCCAGCAGGCCUUCCUUUCAAGAUCAAGUCAUUCAGAAAUUACUACACUCUGGUUACCUCAGCCUUCCUGGACCGCGAGACCACUGAUGCCUACAAUGUCACUCUGAGUGCCACGGAUGGAGGAAACCCUCCCCUCUCCUCCCAGAAGACCAUACAAGUGGAUGUGGCUGAUGUUAAUGACAACCCGCCGCGAUUCGAGCAGACCUCGUACACCGUCUACGUGGCUGAGAACAACGCCCCCGGGGCCUCUUUGUGCACUGUGAAAGCUCAAGACGCGGACAUCAAAGAGAACGCACGCAUCACUUACACAGUGCUCAAUGACAACAACCAUGGCAUCCCUGUCACGUCGUAUGUGUCUGUGAAGGCCGAUACAGGGGAGGCUUACGCCCUGCGAGCCUUCGACUAUGAGUCACUGAGAGAGUUUCACUUCCAGGUCAAAGCCCAAGACGGGGGCAUUCCUCCGCUCAGCCGAGUCGCCACCGUCUACAUCUACAUAAUGGAUCAGAAUGACCACGCACCGCUUAUAGUCAACCCUCCCGGCAAUGGCACACGCUCCUUGGAGACAGUGCAAAAGAACGCAGAGCCCGGCGCCAUGGUGACCAAAGUUGUGGCCUACGACGCAGACGCCGGUCCAAACGCCUGGUUGGUGUACGUGCUGGAAACAGCUACCGACAUGGACUUGUUCAAGGUGCAUGAACACACCGGCGAGAUCAGGACCACUCGGAGGAUCCUGGAGGAUAACUCCACCUCCUUCGCCCUAACCGUUGUGGUCAAGGACCAUGGGCUGCCCAGCCUCUCCUCCACCGCCACCAUCAACGUGGCCAUCAUGGAGGUGCAGCCCAAAGUGGUCCCCGACCCCAAGAGGAUCAUCCGACCUCACAGCACGCUGCUUUUCUCUAACGUGACCCUCUACCUGAUCGUAGCUUUGAGCGCCACCACCUUCGUUUUCCUGGUCACCGUGGUGGUGCUGGCCAUCGUCCGCUGCCAUGCCUACUGCACCCAGCCUGGGUCCUGCUCCCCUUGCUGUGUGUCACAGAAGCCCCCUCCAGAUGGCGGGAGCAGCAGCGUAAGUGCCGGCGGGCAAGGCGUCGGUGGACCCGGGGCACAGCCUAACAACAACGUGGUGCUUCGGAGAGACCUCAAAGUGGAGCCUCACUACAUUGAAGUGCGUGGGAACGGCUCUCUGACAAAGACUUACUGCUACAAGACCUGCCUGACCGCCACCUCUGGCAGUGACACGUUCAUGUUCUACAACACGGGACGUCCCAUCAGUGGCACCUGGGGUAGCGGCGCCGACCGCUUCUUCACGAGUGGAAGUGGAUUUGUACGCAGACUGAGCAUGCCUGAUGCCUCGAUGCAACUCUGCCCAGAGCCGAAAGCUCCGAAUGCUGACUGGCGAUAUUCUGCAUCUUUGAGGGCAGGGAUGCAGAGUUCGGUCCACAUGGAGGAGUCCUCUGUGAUGCAGGGAGCCCAGGGGAUGCUGGUCCAGAACUGGCCCACUGUGUCCAGCGCCGCAGAUGGAGAUGGCGGUGAACUGUCACCCCCGGUGGGCGCCGGUGUCGACAGCAACAGCUGGCACUUCAGAUACGGCGCCUCCGGACAGGGCUACUGCCCUCCUCAGCAACUGAGGCCCGGAGAGAUCCCCCCCGAAGCCUUCAUCAUCCCCGGAUCCCCAGCCAUCAUUUCCAUCCGCCACGACGCCGGCCCCGUGGAUGACAAAGGUGACUUCAUAAGCUUUGGCAAGAAGGAGGACGCCAAGAAGAAGAAAAAGAAGAAGAAGGACAAGAAGGACAAGAAGGAUAAAGGAAAGGAUGACGACGAUUAGAGGAGAAGGGGCGACUUGAAAGCAGAGCUACCAAUAAACUACCCUCCUAAUUACAGAGCCGGAAAAAACAAAAAGCCAAAUGCAUAUUGUAGAACCGAGGGAGCCUCCUUGCACCAUAUUUGCAUAGACACUGUACAGCGGCCAAACCCUCAUUAGACAAGGCCUGGCUCCCCACACCAUGAAAUCAAAUGUUUCUGUCUUUCUUGGCUCAUUUGACCCAUAACUUUGGCCUGUAAAAGUCUAAGGUUUAUGGUUAACAAAUGUUCUUAGUAGACAGACUUCAUCUAACGGUUGGACCAAAUUAAAACAGAAAGGGUUUUAUUGGAUUAGAUUAGCCUUUCUGUGAUUUGCUGCCCCCUAAGCCCCCAACCCCCCCCCCCCCCCACCCCAGUUUGUAUAAUGAACACAAAAACACC